AUGAUCUUGCACGAUCUCAAUCAAGCGGCUGUCUUGGCUUUCCUCUUAGUCCUGACUCUUCUCCUCUGUCGCCGCAUUUUGACCACGUCACAAACAUCUGUCGCUGCGCUGCCACCACCCGAGGGAGCGGGCAAUGGCAAGACCUAUCGUAUUCGGGGUGUGCCCAUAACCUGCGAUAAAGUCCGCUUGCAGUCAUUCAUGGACACUCAAAACGGUUAUACCAACCCAGUCGUUUGGUCACUAGCUACUGAAGCCCACGGACGCUCUCAGACUGCGACAGUCACUUUUCGACACGGGACAAAGCCUCCAAAGACACUUCGUGGAAGCUUGCAACCUGGUGGUGAAGAUCAGCCACUGAUCAUUGACGACGACUUUCUCGGGCUUACCACGCUUUUCGCUCCUACACAAGAGGACCAUAAGGGCAACAUUAUUGCAAUACCUGGCCUUGGCGGUCACGCGUUUGGAUCAUUCAAAGAACGAGGCGGCCAGCAUAUGUGGCUACGGGAUGCCCUGCUCUACCAUAUACUUUCAGAACACACUGACCAUCCCAUCGCUCGCGUCAUCACAUAUGGCUACGAAUCUGCCGUCGCAAAUAGCAACAGCAUACAAAACCUAGAGGACCUUGCUACUUAUCUCAAAAAGGCGAAACCAUUGAUCCUAGUCGCCCACAGUCUUGUAGGUUUGAUCGUGAAGCAGGCUCUCAUUACUUUAGCGAGUUCUACUGCGGAAGACCAACAGAAAGCCGCUCGGGCUAUCUACGGAAUUGUGUUCUUCGGUGUUCCCCACGAUGGCAUGGAUAUCAGCUCGCUCAUCCUAAUGGUGGGAGACGGCACGAACCGUGAGCUGAUUGGCACUAUCAGCCAACUCAACUCACAGGUUCUCAGCAUGCAACAGCGGGACUUUCGCAAGGCACUAGGAGCUGAGGGUAACACAGAGAUCUUCUGCUUCUACGAAACAGAACAAUCGCCAACAGCUCAAAAGGACCGGCAUAGAGGGUGGCGAAUGGAUGGACCAAAAGCAAUACUCGUCACGAAGUCUUCCGCUACUCACUGCCGACCUUGGGAGGAUGGACCAGAACAGAUCUGCGCGAUCAACCGUUCGCAUUCAAAUAUGGUCAAGUUUGGGUCGGAAGAUCCCGAAUACGAACGGACGCUCCAGAGACUUCAAGGUUUAGCAAACCGCGCUCUCGGUGUACAAAGUCGGCUUUGGGACGAGAACACGAAAUGUAUGUAA